AUGGCGCUCAAUCACUACGAGCAACGGAAACGGGACGAGCUGUGCCCCGGAUUCGUCGACAUGAUGCCCGUGUUUAGCGCAUCUGCUCAAACAAACCCUGAUGGUGGUGAUGGAGGUCCCAGCAAGGCUGAACAACCGACGAGAUCGAUGCGCAAGAGAGCAGGCGAGACCCACCAAAUUACUCGCUCUUCCAAGCGCCGUCAGCCCCCACAUGAAGCCACAAAAGCCAUCGCCCAUGCGAUAACUCCGACAAGACAUAUCAAUGGCGCUCAAAGCAGCGUGGGGCAUCGAGCUGUGCAGAGCUCGGCAUUCUCUGACCACGAAGGGCGCCAGUACACGGAGUGGCAAAUGGUCGAUCCCCUUCAAGUGACCCCGGCAAUCCAACUGCGACUGGAUGAAUACGUGCUCAACCAUGCCGCGCAGCGCAAUUAA